AAUGGUAGGAAAAAAAAUCCAGACCCCUUACAGCAUUUAUUAAAGUUGAAUAUCAUACAAAAAAAGUGGUCCGUGUCGCGGGACACGCGUUUGGAACAAAGUCCUCCCCUUCGUAUGCGGGUUUGGCAUAAUUAAUCAUUAACGGAUCAGAAUUCUAAAAUAGUGCAAUUAUACAAAACGAAUUGUUAUCCAAUCAUCAGUUCGAGAAGUAUAAUAAAUUACGAAAAACCGAAUGCAAUAUAUAAAAAUGAAAUUUUUAUAUUUUAUAAUACAAUUUGCUUUGGUGAACGUUUUUGUAGCUGCAGUAGAUCGAUACACUACGGAGGUUUUUAGAGCAAACCUACACUUGAAGCAGGCAAAAGCUCACUUUCUGGCAGUGAUUAAAGACAUCGUUCAUGCACAUAUUGGGAUAACGGAAAUAAGUAUUAUGUUAGCAUCGCCGGAUAACGAAGAAGAAAACGUAGACUUACAAUACAAUAAAAUUGUGUACCAGAUUUUUUUGCAAGAUAUGAUAACUCGUACAACGGGUAUACCUGCGAUAACUGUUUUAAACGACGAGUUGAAAAACCGAUUAGAAGAAGCUAAUCUGAAAGAUUUGGCAGUAGAAAGAAGAAAUUUCAUUACCGAAGCUGUAAAACAUUUAAUCCGUUCCAUAAUAAGACGAGCACCGAUUAGUGAGGAGUUUGCAGACUUUUUCGAUGUGUGUCGUUUAAUAGCAAUUUUAAAAGCUAUUGAACACCCAACUUCGGCCGUAGAUAUUUGUGCCUUCAGUGAAGAAACUGACAGAAGAUGUGUUAUAGCUCAUUUCGACAAUACAUUUUACCUUUAUAAAAAAUUCUUAAACGACAUUUGGGAAAUCGAUGCUGCCGAUAAUCAACUUGAACUACUCGCUGAUCAAGUAGAAUGAAAUUAACCGGAAGUUAUAUAGAUAACUUAUUUUGUGGUACUAUAUUAUUGGUAUAUUAUAUAAAUCAUUUUUGCACAUCUUCUAAUAUCAAAAUUGUUAAUAAACUUAAUGUCUUUAAAAAUAAACAGUUUUAAUCUCGAUUAUAAAAACAUUU